AUGCUAACUUUAAAUCCCAGAGCUCUGUUCGUGAAGAACCUGAGCUACAACGUAACUCCAGAAGAGCUCUUCGACCUCUUCGGAAAGUUUGGCCCUAUUCGCCAAGUCCGACAGGGCAUCGCGAACAACACCAAGGGCACUGCCUUCGUCGUCUACGAGGAUGUAAUGGAUGCGAAGCAAGCUUGCGACAAGCUGAAUGGUUUCAACUUUCAAAGCCGUUACCUAGUUGUUCUCUACCACCAACCAGAGAAGAUGGCCAAGUCAAAAGAGGACCUCGCCGCCCGCCGCGAAUCUUUAGCUCAGCUCAAGCAACAGCAUGGCAUCGAUUGA